AAAAUAAAAAGUGACCCGGCCCCCUCGCCCUUCCCACCAAAAGAAAAGAAGAGAAAAGACAGAAUCUAGGGUUUAAGAAACGCCCAUUUUGUUGCAGGGUUUAAGAACUCUGAUUUUGAGCUACUGUCUGCUACUGUCUUCCUCCUCAUACUCUCUGCAAAGGUACAAUUUCAUAGCCAUGAAUUACAGAUUCCAGAACCUUCUAGGUGCUCCAUAUAAAGGCGGCAAUGCUUUAGUGGUAAACAACUCUCUUCUUAUCUCCCCCGUCGGUAACCGUGUUUCAAUCACCGACCUAAUCAAAUCCGAAACUGUUACAUUGCCAUCACAAUCCUCCACCAAUCUCCGCCGUAUCGCCGCUUCUCCAGACGGUCUAUUCCUCCUCGCUAUCGACGAAAACAACCGUUGCCAAUUCAUCAACCUUCCCCGCCGCGCCGUGCUCCAUCGCAUCACGUUCAAACAUCCCGUUGCGGAUGCUAAGUUUAGCCCUAAUGGAAAAUUCAUUGCUGUUGCUGCUGGUAAGCUCUUGCAAAUUUGGCGGUCGCCGGGUUUUAGAAAAGAGUUCUUCCCGUUUGAGUUGAUUAGGACGUUUACUGAUUGUAAUGAUGGAAUUACGUCGUUAGAUUGGAGCCCUGAUUCGGAUUAUUUGUUGGCGGGAUCGAAGGAUUUAACCGCUAGGCUUUUUUGUUUGAAAAAAUCGACUAAGUAUAGCAAGCCGUUUUUGUUUUUAGGACAUAGGGAUGUAGUUGUAGGUGUUUUCUUUGGAACUGAUAAGAAAACUAAUAAGGUUUGUAAAGUGUACACGGUAUCGCGAGAUGGCGCUAUUUUUACCUGGGUAUGCAGUGAAAUGGAUGGAGAUUUUGGUGAACCAGAAUCACCAGGUACACCAGAGCAAGGACAAGGAAACAAUGAAGAAGGUGGUAGUGAUAAAAGGGUUAAAAAAAGAAAGAAUUUUGAUGGGAAAGAUGGUGCGCUGGACCUGGAAGAUAGGUUUCAGUUGCACAAACUGAAAUGGGAGUUGAUAAAGAAAGACUUCUUCAUGCAAGAUAAAGCAAAGACAGCAGCUUGUGAUUAUCAUAGGGGUCUUGAUAUGGUAGUAGUUGGUUUUUCUAAUGGCGUUUUUGGUCUUUAUCAAAUGCCUGAUUUUGUGUGCAUUCAGUCAAUGUCCAAAUCGAGUAGGAAGAUAACUACUGCUGUUUUUAAUGAUCUUGGUAAUUGGGUGACAAUCGGAUGUGCAAGGCUUGGACAGUUGCUUGUAUGGGAGUGGAAGUCAGAGACUUCAAUACUGAAGCAGCAGGGACAUUAUUAUGAUGUAAACUGCGUUGCAUAUUCACCAGAUUCUCAGCUCUUGGCCACCGGAGCAGACGACAACAAAAUUAAGGUCUGGACUGUUUCAUCCGGUUUCUGCUUUGUAACUUUUCCUGAGCACACAAAUGCAGUUACUGCUCUUCAUUUCUUGCCUCGCAACUGUCUCUUAAGUGCCUCUUUGGAUGGGACAGUUCGCGCGUGGGAUCUUUUCAGAUAUAGAAACUUUAAAACUUUUACUACCCCUACAUCUAAGCAAUUUGUUUCUUUAGCUUCUGAUCAGAGUGGUGAAGUGAUAUGUGCUGGAACCCUUGACUCAUUUGAGAUUUUUGUCUGGUCAAUGAAGACGGGCAGAUUGCUAGACGUUCUUAGCGGUCACGAGGGUCCUGUUCAUGGGCUAGUAUUUUCUCCGACUAAUGCUACUUUGGCUUCCUCAUCAUGGGACAAAACUGUUCGCCUGUGGGAUGUUUUUGAAGGAAAAGGAGCAGUUGAAACAUUUCCUCACACUCAUGAUGUCCUCACAGUUGUUUAUCGUCCUGAUGGCAAGCAGCUGGCAUGUAGCACCCUGGAUGGACAUAUUCAUUUCUGGGAUCCAAUUGAGGGUUUGCUGAUGUACACAAUUGAAGGCCGACGGGAUAUCGCGGGUGGACGUCUCAUGACUGAUCGUCGAUCAGCAGCUAACUCGACGUCUGGGAAGUGCUUCACAACCUUGUGUUAUUCAGCUGAUGGGAGCUAUAUAUUAGCUGGUGGAAAUAGUAAAUAUAUUUGCAUGUAUGAUGUUGCUGAUCAGGUGUUGCUGCGUCGCUUCCAGAUAACCCACAAUCUUUCCUUGGAUGGGGUGCUGGACGUUUUGAACUCCAAAAACAUGACAGAGAGUGGUCCGCUCAAUCUGAUUGAUGAUGAUAAUAGUGACACUGAAGAAGGUGUUGAUAAGCAAGUAACAAAUAAAUUGGGAUAUGACUUGCCUGGGUCAUUGCCCAACCAUGGAAGACCAAUUAUUCGAACAAAGUGCUUGAGAAUUGCCCCGACCGGCAGGAGUUGGGCAGCUGCAACUACGGAGGGAGUCUUGAUUUAUUCUAUGGAUGAGUCUUUUAUCUUUGACCCCACUGAUCUAGACGUAGAUGUUACUCCAGAAGUCAUUGAUGCAGCACUAAAGGAAAAUCAGUCUAGUCGAGCAUUGAUUCUUAGCUUACGUUUAAAUGAAGAUAGUUUGAUCAAGAAGUGCAUUUUUGGUGUCAGUCCUGUAGAUAUACCAGCUGUAGCAUCCUCAGUCCCUUUUAAAUAUAUUCAGAGAUUGGUUGAGGCAUUAGCAUAUCUGCUGGAGAACUGCCAACAUUUGGAGUUUAUUCUCGAAUGGUGUCAGGAACUUUGCAAAAUCCAUGGGUAUUCUAUUCAACAGAAUUCCAGAAAAUUGUAUCCUGCUCUAAAAUCCUUAGAGAAGGCGCAUACCAGGUUGAAUCAAGAUUUGGCUGAUACGUGCAACUCUAAUUUAUAUCGACUCCAAUAUUUGUGCUCUGCAAGUCCUGCAAAGUGACAGUUCUCUUUGCACUGUUGCUCUUUGUUUCAGGAUAUUUCAAUUAGCUUGCAUAUGGUUAUUCGGUUGUAACAAUUGGAUCACGCUUCCAAGAGUGAAGCAACACGAAGACAAACCAGUUCCACUCUAUCGUCUUAUACUGCAGACAGCUGCAUUUACUUGAGUCGGUACUUGGGGCUAACAAUUCUUCAACAUUCAUUAGCUAUUGCAAAACCAAGCUUCAGACAAUGGGAGGAUUACUCAACCGUGAACAAUUCCAGAUGGUAAUACUUCUGUCCAUGUCUUAAAAGAUGGUCUCUGUUAUUACCGGGCUUGCCAAAGCAGGCUAAUGUUUUUACUUGUUAAUUUUUGUUUUUGUUAGAAAUGGUAAGUUUUGGGCAUGUAUUUGUACCCCAUUUUUGUUUCAAGUUUAGGAUUUGGAAUGAGUCAUUAUAUACUAGAUUAGGAUACCUCUUGAAAGGCGCAAGUUAAUCCAAAAUUUUAAUUAUGCAUUCUCUUUUAAAACGUCAUUAAUUUUAUGUUGAUUCCAAAUUUGGAGUCUAUAAGUUAUACACUAGAGGGACAAUUAGAUGUGUGGGACAAAGUGAGAUAUUCCAUGAUUAAAUAUAUUGUGUUUGAUUGGUGA